AUGAUAGAAGUUAAACAAUUCCUAUGGAAGAUCACUUUACUUUCCUUUCUUAUCUGUUCACUGGGAGCAGCAGGAGUAUCAUUCGGUCUCAUCAAAGCUAACACUGAGAGUGGGACAAAGUGCAGGCUCUUCAUCACUGACUCUCAAGCUAGAAACAGGAGCUUGCUCAACUAUAAUGUAUCGACUUGCCAGCUGAGUCUGGCCAGCAUCAUUAUUGCUACAAUGUGUCUAGCUCUCCUAACUUUCAUAGAGCUAGUCAAAGUUGUAUCAAGAAGAACAGAACCACUGGCAUUGCCAGUUAGAAUAGGACAGAUACUAUACUUAAUAGUGGCCAUUGUCUCUUUAUUCAUUACUACAUUUGUGGUUUCAGCUGGUUGGGCAAAGACCUGUGAGACAUAUAGUAAUCUAAAAGAGGAAUCUGAUUUCACUAUUAGCUCUUUUAGUUGUACUGGAUACCAGUAUGGUGGUCAGGGUUUACCUCAUGGUGGAGAGCUCAUAACAUCUGCUACAUUUUCUGGGAUUGGUAUCCUGUUGGUAUUAAUAUCCAUGCUUACCUUUGUCCUCCAACAAUACCGAGAAAUAGUCCAUGCUAACUACCAGUAUCAGGAAAUAAAUGAAGAAUCAUUAUAAAGAGAAGAACUAGAAGUGCUAUCUUCAUUUUCAAAAUAGCUCCAUAUAUAGUUAUCUAUUUAUUCCUUUAAAUUAUUGAAUUGAAAUUAUUUAGAAACCAAAA